GCGGAAGCAUUGCCGGUGGUUACUUGAUCCAUGGCGGGCGCCUUAUAUUGAAUUAAUUCCUGGAAUUGCUGUUGUGUGAUCAAUGAGUUGUGCAGAGAUUCAUGUUAGAACGAUACUGCAAUAAUACAACAUAAAUCUGUGCGGAGGCAAAAGCAACUACAGAAGCUGCAGCUGCAUUUGCCUGUCCUUUGCAUGUUGCAAAGAUGUACAGAACAGUUACGUUUGACGGACUGUGUCAAGUGCGCAAGUGCGUGCACUUGCACCGGCAGUUUUCUGCUGUAACGUCAAGGAAGGCUUCGUGCUUGCUCAACCCUCCCGUCACGUCCAGCAACAGCAAGAAUAAUGUACACCGUCGGUUUUCUUUUGAGUCGUGGGCAUUGGCUCUAUCCCGCUCGGAGCCAGUGGCAUUCGCACAACAGCUACUGGAAUACGUUCACCUGACCACAGGAAUGUCGUGGUGUCAUACUAUUAUACUGACAUCGCUAGCGCUACGAACAGUCACCACCUUUCCAUUGGCAAUUUACCAGAAUCAUGUCUUAGCUAGACUCAGGAACUUGAACCCUGAGAUUGCAAAACUUGUGCCAGAGCUCAGGAAUGAAACCAAUCUUGCUGUCAAGAUGUUCAAGCUCAGUGAGAAACGGGCAAAGCUCUUGUACAAGCACAGCCUCAAGAAACAAAUAAACAAGCUCAUCAUCAGAGAUAACUGUCAUCCUUUUAAAUCUACAGUUGUUAUGUUGGUCCAGAUUCCAGUGUGGAUCAGCUUCUCCGUUGCACUAAGAAACAUGGCUUUUAUGAUGCCCUAUCAGGAUAUGGCUGCUCAAGCCCUCUUUCUAGAGCUUUCUGUUGGAGGAGCACUAUGGUUUACAAAUCUGACUGUACCUGAUCCACUCUUUAUUAUGCCAGUUCUUCUUGGAGCAGUCAACUUGCUUAAUAUUGAGAUGAAUGCUCUGAAGAGAGCAGGGAACAUAACAAGAUAUGCCAAGGUGGUUACCAAUGUUUUCAGAGUUUUGUCCCUGGUCAUGAUUCCCAUUGCCUCUAUGAUGCCCUCGGAUGUUGCACUGUACUGGCUGUGCUCAAGUGGUUUUGCCCUGGGACAGAAUGUUGCCCUGACAUCUCCGUCAUUUAGACGUUUCUGUAGAAUUCCAGUGGUUGCAGGAGAAAGCCAGACACCUUUCCAAGACAUUUGUCAGAAUCUCAAGAAACGUUUGAGAUUGAAGGCUGUUACAUAGUCCUUUUGUUAGUUGUAUGCCUCCUUAUGUAGAGGUGUGUGCUAUGCAUACAGAUUUAGUCCAUCCAAUAGCUACUCUCACAAUAAAGUUGUACAUAGAGA